GUCAUCUAUAACACUGCCAUCCUUCAGAUUAAGCUAAGCUAUUAAUGAGAAACCGGCGGCAAAAGCAACCAGUCACGUAUCUACCACAAUCCAACAGCCACGGCCCACGCUCCGGUGUCAACGCAGCCAAGAUCCUGGACCCUGAGGUGGAUGAACGACCAAGGUUGCCCCUCGAUCAGCCUCGCGCCAUGUGGCACAGAUAAACUUCUCCGGCUGUUUCAAUUUGCCAACGACCAAUAUGCAAGCAGUGCUACGCGCCGGUCAGGACCAGCGUCGGGGGCUCCGGGGCGGCGAGCGACGGGCGGCUAGGGCUGAGCGGGGAUGUAAGCCCUAUAACAACCUCACCAGGCCGAAGACUGUAGCUACGCUACGAAUUCAACGAAUGCAGGCAGCUAGAUAGCCAUCAAUGCCAUCGUCCAGCCCCACCCGACCAGUCCCCUGGACAGAGCACCUCAUCUUCCUCCUGCUGCUGCUCCCGACGACGCUGAGCAUCCUCCUCCUCCUCUCCGACAGCCUCGACUGGACGAUCGCAGACGGAUCCAUCUACGGGCUGAUCAACGGCUACCGCACCUCGGUGCAGACGGGCGUGCAAGCGCUCGCCACGCUGCUCAGCACGGUGCAACUCCUCAUCAUCUGCCGGCUGAUCAACCAAGCGACGCGCAUCCGGUUCGCCCACCGCCACGCGACGCAAAAGACCCAACUCACGACCCUCAGCUUCUGGGCCUCGCUCUCCACCCCGGCCGCGAACUGGACCCUGCCCCCGCUCCUCGUGUGCGUGACCUUCCUGCUGGCCAACCUCUCCGCCGUGCUCUCCGCCCUCUGGACGGGCGCCCUCACCCCGACCACCACGACCACCACCCACCUCUACCCGCUGCCGAUCCCCUCCUACCGCAACACAAGCUUCAUCCUCGAAUACCCGUCGCAGAUCGACCGCACCGGCCCCACCGCCCGCACCCCGCAGGGCUACUUCACCUACUCCGUGGGGCUCGCGCAGCUGACCGCGCUGAUCUCCUCGGCCAGCACGGCCUCCCCGCUGCUCGCCAACGCCAGCCGCGUGCACCCCAAGCUCGACAACACGGGGUACAGCUACACGGGGCGCUCGUACGGGGUCGGCGCCGCGGUCGGGCUCACCGAUUCCGCCCUGCGGGCCACUUACCCGCACGCCACGGGCUACACCUACCGCGAACCGGGGUACGUCGCCACCGUCGACUGCACCUACAACCGCUCCACCGCCUUCCGGCUGGAGGCGCUGGGCGAGUACGCGCUGUACGCGGCCCGCGGUCCCUUGCCGGAUAGUGUCAACGCGAGUCAGCGGAGCGGCGGCGAGUACUCCGUGUAUACCGGGUAUAGCACACGGACGAUCGUGGCGGUGGGCGUGGCGGCGCAGCCGGUCGCGUACACGCGCCACCGGUAUGUGGCUGUCGCGGCGGGCGGGUAUUAUGUCGGGUUGAAUGCGAGUCAGUGUGUGCUGGUGUUUGAGCCGGAGUGGUUUGAGGUGGUGGUUGGGGUUGCCGGGAAGGAGAUACGGGUUGGGCGGGCGGCGGCGGGGGAUGGUUCUGCUGUUGCGGAUACCACUGCUGCUGCUGCUGCUAGUGCUACUGCUACUGCUACUGCAGCUGUAGGACUAGCUAAGCGCGAUGAUGAUGCAGCAACAACCUCGGGAGAAGGCAACGCGACAGCCGACAUCGACCCCACCAACAAGAUCAUCCACGUCGCCAUGCGCCAGCUGGAACUCAUCUCCAACGAUCUGACGAGCUUCUACCGCUCCACCCUGGGCGACGCCUUCAACACCAGUAUCGCCGAUUAUCGCACGUCCGUGACCACCACCACCACCACCACCAUAUCCGAAGAAGCCAUCGCCCUCGCCGGCAUCACGAACGUGUACAUCUCGCUCAUCGACGACAUCCUGGCCGGCUACGCGUCGGCGCAGCUGAUGGUGGGCGGGUUCACGCGCCUGACGCCGGCGACGGUGACGGUCGAGGCGUUCCGCGUCGGGUCGCACCCGUACAUCGUCUGUGUGUUCGGGACCUCGCUGGCGCUGCUGCUGGUCGUGGCGGCGGAGAUGGGGCGCACGCGGCUGUGGCGGGGUCUGCCGCGGUGGGAUUACAUGGAGAUGAAGAUGGUGGUGGCGGCGGCGUCGAACGGGGGCCGCGGGAUCGCGGAGCGCGCGGCGGAGAAAGGGUGGGCCGCGGAUGAUGUGGGCAGGAUUCCCGUGCGGUUGGUAGGCGGGGAGCAGGUCGCGGGCGGCUGGCGGUUGGUGGUGGAGGAUGGCGUGGAUAAGGAGAUGUUGCUUCUAGAAAGGGAUGGGGAUAGGGAUGGGCGGUGGAUUUAGUUGAUAUUGGUUUAGAAGAAUAGGGUAAUAUAUGGAUGUGAUUGUUAACGAGUUAUUUGAUGUGAAUAUGUGGAUAAGACUACUCCUACUUCUUCCCCACCAUCCCCCGCAACGCCUCCGUCUCCCCCUCCAGCUUGCUCACGCGCAUCCGCAGCUCGUCCCGCUCCCGCUUCACGGCCUCCAGCUCCGCCUCCAGCUCGUUCACCCGGUCCAGCUUGCGCUGUCGGUACCGCCGCGCCGCGAGCGUGUUCAGCUGCCGCUUGCUCACUUUGCUGGGCGGUUCUUUGGUGGAGGUUGCCACCCGGGUGACGGUGAAGGUUGGUUUGGUCGAGGGGUGGUCCGUCGUCACGGCGGGCAUUUGUUGCUGGGGUUGUUGCUGUGGCUGUGAGAUUGGGGGUGGGGUU